GUUGGCUCACCAAUAAAAGCCCCUUCAGCCAUCCCCUCUCCGCAUUCGUAUCAGACUUCCAUCCUCCCCCAAAUGGGUCUCUCUCCUGGUUCUCUCCUUACAUUGUUCUUCUUCUUCGUCAUCUCGUGUCAUCAACGUCAUGUUCUAGCCAUUGUUGAUGGGUUACUACCGAACGGGAACUUCGAGUACGGGCCGAAGCCGUCGGAAAUGAACGGCACGGUGGUGACGGGGCGGUUCGCGAUACCGUUCUGGGAGAUCUCCGGCUUCGUGGAGUACAUAGAGUCGGGGCACAAGCAGGGGGACAUGCUGCUGGUGGUGCCGGAGGGCGCGUACGCGGUGAGGCUGGGGAACGAGGCGUACAUCAAGCAGAGAGUGAAGGGGCUGGUGGUAGGGGUGUACUACUCCGUCACUUUCAGCGCCGCCAGGACGUGCGCUCAGGCGGAGGAGCUGAACGUGAGCGUGGCGCUGGACUCCGGCGUGCUGCCCAUGCAGACGAUAUACAGCAGCGAUGGGUGGGACUCCUACGCCUGGGCGUUCCAGGCCGACUUCCAGCAGGUGGACGUCAUCAUCCACAACCCCGGCGUGGAGGAAGACCCCGCCUGCGGACCACUCAUUGACUCCAUCGCCAUCAAGACUCUCUACCCUCCUAGGCCAACCAACAAGAACCUUUUGAAGAAUGGAGGCUUUGAGGAAGGACCUUACGUGUUCCCAAACACAACAUGGGGUGUGCUUGUGCCCCCUAGAAUUGAGGAUGAUCACUCCCCUUUGCCUGCCUGGAUGGUCGAGUCACUCAAGGCCGUCCGGUACAUCGAUUCUGAUCACUACUCCGUCCCACAAGGCCGGCGAGCGGUCGAGCUCGUCGCCGGAAAGGAGAGCGCGAUCGCACAGGUCGCAAGGACGAUCCCCGGGAGGCUCUACACACUGACUUUUGCAGUAGGCGAUGCCAACAACAAGUGCGAAGGUUCGAUGGUGGUUGAGGCCUUCGCUGGCAGGGACACCAUCAAGGUGCCCUAUGAGUCAAGCGGCACAGGUGGGUUCAAGCGGGCCGAGCUCAGGUUCGCUGCCACCUCGAUUCGAACUCGGGUCGUCUUCUUUAGUACAUACUACCAUACAAGGAGCGAUGCUGCUCUUUGUGGACCUACCAUAGAUGAUGUGAAGCUGCUUAGUGUGAGAACUCUCCCAAAGCAUUGAACACCCAAAGUGUAAUAGUGUAAUAUUGGCGUCUCCAUCUUCUGUCCUUUCUACUGUCUUUUUCUUGGAGUGCAGUAGCAGUAAUGUCACUUAAUGAAUACUAGGAGCUUACUUUGUUAA